AUGGAGGGAGGGUUCAACAAAUAUUGUAAAUGGCACCUUUUAGCAGACCCACAGCAACAGCAGCAGAAGCAGCAAUCAGUCCAAUGCCUGAAGAAAAUGCCUGUGUGGGGCACAGAACAAUUUGUGGUGCUUGGACCAACUGAGCCCAUUGUGGCCUUACUGGGUACGGACAUCAUACUGCCCUGCCUCCUCUCCCCCUUGAUGAGUGCGGAGCACAUGGAAGUCAGGUGGUUUCGCUCCCAGUUCUCUGAAGCUGUGUUCGUGUUCCAAAAGGGGAAGGAAGAGACUGACGAACAACUGGUGGAAUAUACAGGGAGGACAGAACUUAUAAGUGAAUUCAUUACUGAGGGGAGGUUGGCUGUGAAGAUUUACAACGUCCAAAUAUCAGACAAUGGAAAGUACCAGUGCUAUUUUAGAAAAGGAGAUGUAUAUGAACAAGCGAGUCUCGAAGUGAAGGUGGCAGGUCUAGGUUCUGCUCCUCACCUCCGCUUGGAAGGGCACGAGGAUGGAGGGGUUAAGUUGGCAUGCAUGACAGAUGGAUGGUUCCCACAGCCCCAGGUGCAGUGGAGAGACAAUAGGGGAGGGAAGUUAUCCUCCCUCUCUGAGACCCAGGCCCAAGAUGAAGCUGGUUUCUUCCACGUGAAGGCAUUGAUUGUGGUCCAAGAGAGCUCUGUUAGAAAUGUAUCCUGCUCCAUCUGCAACAAGCUCCUGAGUCAGGAGAAGAUAUCAGCCAUUGACAUCCCAGGUCAGUUCUCAGUCCUAAAGAGAAUGAUUAGAGUUGGGGUAGAUGGGACAGGGGAAAACCAUAGUGGAAGGAAAAGGGCUUAUUUUUGGUAUGUAUCUCUCCUGAUCCCCUUGGGUUUCUCAAUAGAGUCCUUCUUCCCUAAGACUUCUCCCUGGAAGAAAGCCCUGAGUGGGAUCUUACCUGUGGUGGGAAUUCUCCUUGGAAUCAGUAUCUUUUUCAUCCUGAAAGAAAGGAAGAAAACAAAGAAAUUGCUCCAGGAAAAGAAGGAGGAUAAAAAAGACAAAGAUAAUCUCAGAACAGAGCUUGAAAAAAGAAAGCAUCUCUAUGAUUCAGCCUGGAGGAAGGCCCACAUAUAUGCUGACUGGAGAAAGCAACAUUUUGAUGCAUUGAAUGUGACUCUGGAUCCAGCCUCUGCUCAUCCUGGCCUCGUUCUCUCUGAGAAUGGGAAAUUCAUGAGAGUGGAAAAUGAAGUAAAGAGUGCAGAAGAAACAUUCAGUGUCCUGGGCCGGGAGCCCAUCACCUCUGGGAGAUGUUACUGGGAGGUGAAGGUGGCAAUGGAGGCUCAGAAUAAAGCCACUUGGCAGCUUGGAAUUUGUAGGGAAAGUGCAAAAAGGAGUGGGUGGGUCAGAGAGUCCCCAGGAAUGGGGUUCUGGGCCGUAGGAUGCAGUGACGGGACAUUUCAGCCAAUAGUUAGUAAACAGUCAGUGGCUCCAUCCCUGGGGAAGCCCCCAGAGCAGAUAGGCAUAUUCCUGGAUUAUGAGGCAGGAAAAGUCUCAUUUUACAACAUGACAGAUGGGUCUCACAUCUACAACUUCCCCCCAGCCUCCUUCUCUGGCCCUGUGCGCCCAUACUUUAGUAUUCAGACUCUCAAUACAUCUUUCACCAUCUGCGGUGUGUCAGACAGACCUGAGAGCAUCCCUGCCCCUUCUCUGGAGACCCCAGGGACCGCCCAAGAGCAGGAAAAGUUUCUUGGUGACAAGAACAAGGCUCUGGAGGAAGAAUCUACCCCAACACAAAGUCAUUCUCCACCCAUUAUAAGCCUGUCUCCCAGCAUACCAAGUAACUAAGCUCUCCAUGUCCCCUCUUCGAUAAUUUCUCCCUAACAACCAACUUUCCCAAAGCUUAUUUCAAAGCUAUCAUUUAAUGAAAGCACCCACUGCAUAGAAAAGAGCCAGAAUCUGAACUCUGUUUUGUUUUUCUUUUAGAAGAAGUAGAGCAGGAAUAUAUGCUGUUUGGCAUCAGUUCUAUGCAUAGGACCUAGAAAGAGCAAGGUUUUCUUUUGUUCUUUUCCUAUUUAUUUUUCUAAAGCACAUUUCUGAUGUGUUCUAAAUACUGUUGAGAUGACCAAAAUAGAAGCCUAACUUUCAUUCUUCAUUGGAGCCCGUAGGUUACUGUGGAUUCUCAAAGACUUUGCAAUGGUACAUGGGUCUUGGUCGUCCUUACCCUUUUGAGAAGUCUUAGAAUGAGGACUAGUAUUAACCCAAGUCUCUUGUCUGAGGGCAAUUUUGUUCAGUAUUGAGUGAAACAUUAGCUAGUAGGCUAAUGACUUCUUAGACAAUGACAAUCCAUAAAACAAACUAAAAGAAAUGUAUCUUAAACAUUUAUAAUAUUCUAUUUUUGUAGUGUUAGUGGAGUGUUGGAAAAGGGGGAAAAGGGUAUUGAGUCUCAAUUUUUAGAUCACCUAUAAAUAAUAAGAGAAGAUAUUUGAAAGGUGAGAUUUCCCCUUGAGGAUCUUGGGGUUAACAUGGACUAGAAUCACAUAGGAUGAGUAGGUAUGGAUAAAUUGUGACUCAAGGAGUCCCCAUGUGCCCUGAAGUGUCAAAGAGGCCGCUGCUCCAUGACUAUGCUUGAGUGGUAUGAUGAGCAUGAGUUACUUGUAAUUUAGCUAGGUAAGAGAGAGCAAUGUCUGUUG